UUUACUAUUUUUAAAAUCCUAUGACUGUGAAAUUGACCGAAAUGGACCAUGAAUUUGCUAGGGCCCUAAAUAUGAUAAUGCCUUGCAAUAUCUGUGGGAGUGAUCUUACUUUAUGAUGUUUGUGUAUCAUUGGUGGCCAGGGACUGUAUGUAAUGCCAUUGGGGAAGGUGACCACAGUUCCUCCAGGAACGAAGAACAGUGGGGGGUGACUAGGAAAAUUCACUCAGCUUGUAGCACCUCCAGACAAGUACCCCAUCUGGAGAGGCUCAAAAAUAUUGGUUCAAACUGGAUUCUCCAGAGACCAACAGACAAAGAAACAUUUCUUGAUUAAAUACCCUGAGUUUAAAUUGACUCAGGGCUGCUUUUCUCAUACAGCAAAUGGAUAGGACCUUCUGUCCAAGGGGAGCUCCACACCUUCCAGAGAAGUGUUGGAAGGACUGUAGCCUACUGAGGCCCCUGUAGCCUACAGAAGACUGAAUGGUGACCUCUGAUGCUGAUCUGCCUCUUCCCAGAGUUACUCAGGAAAAGCUGCACAUUCUUUGCAGCGCUGUUGCUGAUUUUCCAAGGGGCAGCUGAAGCAGAGGGAACCCUAGAGAGAAAAGCUGCAGCUGUGGGAUCCUCAGUGUUCCUGCCUAAAGGCGAUGAAGUUCCUGCACUGGGAAUAUCUAAAUGGCACCGCGUCCCACUUCAUUGUGCAGUACCACGAAGGUUCACCAGAUCCAACUGCCCAUGCACCCUCUGGAGGCAGAGUCAUUUUCUAUCCAGCCAAUGGAUCCCUCUUGCUGGAAAAUGUGCAAGAGACAGACAAUGGGAUCUAUGGAGCAGUGAUCAAUAUAGUAGAAAGUGAAGCAAGGAGAACCCUGCUGGAAGUUCUCAAGCCUGUGUCCCGGCCUCGGAUAUGGAGCAAUUCUCUUCUGGUACAGUCAACUAUUGAGUUAUUCUGUGACGUGUCAGAGGGCAGAGUGGACACUAUUGUUUGGAAGAAGGAUGGGAAACCCCUUCCACAGGAGAGAGAUUUCUGCCUCUCCAAAAAUCUCAGGAUUUUGAACACACCAGAAGGGCAGAAAUCAGACUGUGGCUCCUAUUCCUGCAAUGUCAGCAAUGAGAUCAGCUGGCAGGAAUCCUCAGUGAAUUUGACCAUCGCAGUAAAGAGCUGGGAAUAAAUAGGACUUAAUCAAAAAGAAAACCCAAAGCUCCAGCAUCUCCGAGUCCUGCCGGGCUGCCCUAACUUGACAGUCAAGAGGUGGUGAGAUCUUUUUUUUUUUAGUUUCUUCAGCUUUCCCAUUACCUUUGGAUUCAUUCUCUGGGUAUCUCACCUGCAUUGCAAGAUAGUCUGAGAAUUUUUGUGGUUGCACUGGUGUUUGCUGCUGUCUCAAGAUGGGGCUUAAUUGUCCCGUUUUGUCAACCAGAGAAGCUGAGAAUUAGUAAGUAUGCGAUCUCUUUGCCUGUGGAUUUCAGACAGUAUGUCCAGUGAAAGCAAAGUCAAGUCUGUGGCUUAUUCUGUGCAUCAACAUCAUUAUUAUUAUUUAUUAUUCUUUGAAAAUAUGUCAUUUAAAUUUUAGAAAAUUCCUUUUUCAACAACAAA